GUUCUGCGUUUCGGGCUGGUGACUGGGUCCAGAAUGGCUUCGGACUCGGGGAACCAGGGGACCCUCUGCACGUUGGAGUUCGCGGUGCAGAUGACCUGUCAGAGCUGUGUGGACGCGGUGCGCAAGUCCCUGCAAGGGGUGGCAGGUGUCCAGGAUGUGGAGGUGCACUUGGAGAAUCAGAUGGUCUUGGUACAUACCACUCUGCCCAGCCAGGAGGUGCAGGCUCUCCUGGAAGGCACGGGGCGGCAGGCAGUACUCAAGGGCAUGGGCAGUGACCAGUUGCAUAAUCUGGGGGCAGCAGUGGCCAUCCUGGGAGGGCCUGGCACCGUGCAGGGGGUGGUGCGCUUCCUACAGCUGAGCCCUGAGCGCUGCCUCAUCGAGGGAACUAUUGACGGCCUGGAGUCUGGGCUGCAUGGACUCCAUGUCCAUCAGUACGGGGACCUCACAAACAACUGCAACAGCUGUGGGGACCACUUUAACCCUGAUGGAGCAUCUCAUGGGGGCCCCCAGGACUCUGACCGGCACCGCGGAGACCUGGGCAAUGUCCAUGCUGAUGCUGACGGCUGCGCCAUCUUCAGAAUGGAGGAUGAGAAGCUGAAGGUGUGGGAUGUGAUUGGCCGCAGCCUGGUUAUUGAUGAGGGAGAAGAUGACCUAGGCCGGGGAGGCCAUCCCUUAUCCAAGAUCACAGGGAACUCUGGGCAGAGGUUGGCCUGCGGCAUCAUUGCACGCUCUGCUGGCCUCUUCCAGAACCCCAAGCAGAUCUGCUCUUGCGAUGGCCUCACCAUCUGGGAGGAGCGAGGCCGGCCCAUCGCUGGCAAGGGCCGAAAGGAGUCAGCCCAGCCCCCUGCCCACCUUUGAGCAGGACCUCACCUUGGCUCUGUUGCUGUCCUCCAGGGCGAGCACUUUCCUCUUCCAGAGGGGGCCAGAGGGACCUUGCCUGCCCAGUCUUUG